AACCAAAUAAAAGCACUGGGUUCCUAAGCUCAUUCACUGGCAACCAUGGCAUUUCCCUUUAGCAGCGUGGCUCUACUUGUCCUUGUAGCAGCUGUCUUGGUGAACGCAGAUAUGAAGGCGGACUGUGGACCCGAUGGCCUCACGCUGGUCUGGACCGAGGCCAGAUCCCUGAUGGACUUCUCUCUCCUGCGACUCGGCAGCUGUCGACCGACCGCCGUGUCCUUGAGGGAGGCCAUGUUCUCUGUUGAGUUCGGUGACUGUAACUUCAGGAGGACGGUGACCAAGGACAUCCUGGAGUACAGCAAUGAUUUAACCUUAGUGUCUCCUGGGAACACAAAAACAACUUUCCAUCAUCCCGUAUCUUGCACCUUCGAGAAGGCUGUUGACUGGGCCCCUCCCAUGUAUGACCCGUCCAUGCUCCAAACAUAUGGGCAAGGAGAUCUUCUGUUCAGUAUGGACAUCAUGAACGGCGACUUCUCGGGCCCAGCUCAGUCCCUUGCCUUCAGUCUUGGCUCACUCAUCCCAAUCAUGGCGACCGUGGGCCAGGACUCCCAUCAGCCCUUGCUGCUGCUUCUGGAUGAAUGUGUCGCCACCAACACACCGGACCUGCAGCAAGAGAGCGCCGUGUAUUCCAUAAUCUCUAACCACGGGUGUCUUAUGGACAGCAAGGGGGCGCGCUCGCGAUUCGAACCCCGGGUGGUCUCCUCAGAGAUCCGCUUGUCCCUGCAGGCCUUUAAGUUUGCAGUUGGUAAAGAGGUGUACAUCCACUGCACACUUGAGGCUUGGGAUCCCAGCGCUUUCUUCCCGAAUAAGAAGGCCUGCCAUAUCGUGGGCAACGGAUGGGAGCUUCUCGAUGACCCAUCUAUGAGCAGUCUUUGUGGAUGUUGUGACACCAGCUGUAGCUCAAGGAAAACCAGGAGCCCAUCAGGAGGUGGAAUAAAGAACAGUGCUGUUCUUGGACCCCUGACUAUUGUGGACUAGGAUGAAAUGGGAUUGCCUGUGACCUGAAACUACAUUUGUUUUAAUAAAAAGAGAAUUACUUUA